UAAAAUAAUGGAAUUGUCAGUUUUCCAAAUAACUAAAAUCUUUGAUGCGAAGAUUAUGCGCUGUGUUUCGAAACUGUAAUUAUGUCCAAUAAGGGCACUGGGCCAGAAGAGGCUUAGGGAUGCAGCGCUCCCUCCCUUCCAGGAGCUGUGAAUACUUGUCAUUACGCUGGGUAUCAAACGAGGCUCGUCGCCCUAGAAGUUAAUCUCGUAGUUAACAGCCGCUGAUUGUAUUUCGUUAUUAGGAAGAUCAUUCAGGGGAGCAAUUUUUAGCAAUGGGUGCUUAUCGGAGCCAAAAAUUGGAAUGUACUUACUUGCAUAAAACAAUAUUCCAGGUCUCUUGUCUGAUUUCAGUUCCACAAAGUACGAAUUCAUCACAAGUGUCGUGUCUAGUUUGGCAACAGAAAAGAAGUGACAUUUUCCUCAUUGGCUCUUGGUGGGUUGCGAAAAUAGUGAAAGUUUAGUUUUAAAUAGCGUUCUUUCGCAAUGUCUCGCCAUGGUUAUGGAAGAAAUUAUUGAGAGUCUUGGAGGUUGGUAUUACGUGUUGGUACUGCCCUUCAGUGUACCUGUGGUGCUGUUGCUGCUCUACGUGCGUUGGCUUGGCUGGCAGCUUUUUGUUAACAAUUGAAGUGGUCGGCAGCUGCUCCGGAGAUAUCUUGAAAUACCGAACCAAACAAGAUGGCUGACGAAAACGUCAUAAAUGAGGAUCUCGACAGCCGCAACAAGGAGAAAAAGGAGAAGAAGCACGACAGUGGGGCAGCAGAUCUCGAGCGCGUCACUAACUACGCCGAAGAGAAGGAAAUAAAAUCUGAUGCAGAUAUCUUAUCUGUGAUCAACAACGUAAAGCGACAAGAAUAUGCGGACAAGCUGCAGCGAGACCAGGAGCUCUCUAAGGUGGCCAUCAAGAAGCAGGACGUGGAGCUCAUCAUGCGCGAGUUGGAGGUGACGAAGCAGGUCGCCGAGCGCUCUUUGAGGGAGCACAAGGGCAACCUCAGUGCCACUCUCGUCAUGCUCACCGACUAAUUAUUACUCUAGUGAUCCUUAUUAAAUGAUAAUAAAUUCA